CGGGGGGGGAGAAUGGCUGUCCUUUAGUUCCUCAAUCGAUAGCCUGUAUGCGGACCAGUUGAAAUAUGAAAAACUUGUGUGAAUCUUUCCAGUUGAAGCCCGAUGCUUCUUACGAAGUGAAAAUCUAGGUUUCACCCUUUCCCAACCUCCGCCAAGAUUUUUAGAUGAUCCCAGUCGCUAGGAGACAAGAAGCCGGAACCGGAAAUGUGCUGUGCUCGACACCCCUGCGGAGGAGGCUGCCAUGGCUUCCCGGGAAGAGGUGCUGGCUUUACAGGCUGAAGUCGCCCAGCGUGAGGAGGAGCUGAAUUCCCUGAAGCGGAGACUGGCGGCGGCUCUCGUGGCGGAGCGGGAAGCGGGAUCGGAGCUGCCGGCUGCCAUGUCGCCACUGCCGCCCAAGGCCUCCCUGUCCCGGGAUGAGAUUCUGCGCUACAGCCGGCAGCUGGUGCUGCCGGAGCUGGGCGUGCGUGGACAGCUGCGCCUGGCGGGCGCGUCCGUCCUGAUCGUGGGCUGCGGGGGCCUCGGCUGUCCCCUGGCGCAGUACCUGGCCGCGGCCGGCGUGGGCCGCCUGGGUCUGGUGGACUACGACGUGGUGGAGAUGAGCAACCUGGCCCGCCAGGUGCUGCACGGUGAGGCGCUGGCCGGCGAGGCCAAAGCCUUUUCGGCCGCCGCCUCGCUGCGCCGCCUGAAUUCGGCCGUGGAGUGCGUGCCCUACGCGCAGGCCCUGACCCCGGCCACGGCGCUGGACCUGGUCCGCCGCUACGACGUGGUGGCCGACUGCUCCGACAACGUGCCCACUCGCUACCUGGUGAACGACGCGUGCGUGCUGGCCGGCCGGCCGCUGGUGUCUGCCAGCGCCCUGCGCUUCGAGGGCCAGAUCACCGUGUACCACUACGACGGCGGGCCUUGCUACCGCUGCGUCUUCCCGCAGCCGCCCCCGGCCGAGACCGUGACCAACUGCGCCGACGGCGGGGUGCUCGGCGUGGUCACCGGGGUGCUGGGCUGCCUGCAGGCGCUGGAGGUGCUGAAGAUCGCCGCGGGUCUGGGCCCUUCCUACAGCGGCAGCCUGUUGCUCUUCGAUGCUCUCGGAGGCCAUUUCCGCUGCAUUCGGCUGCGGAGGCGCCGGCCCGACUGUGCCGCAUGUGGGGAGCGGCCCACCGUGACUGCCCUGCAGGACUACGAGGCCUUCUGCGGCGCCUCGGCCACCGACAGGUGCCGCUCCCUGCAGUUACUGAGCCCAGAGGAGCGGAUUUCGGUCACCGACUAUAAACAGCUUCUGGACUCGGGGGCGCCGCACCUGCUACUGGACGUGAGGCCGCAAGUGGAGGUGGACAUCUGUGGCCUGCCCCAUGCCCUGCAUGUCCCCUUGAAACACUUGGAACGCAGGGAUGCGCAGAGCCUAGAGCUCCUUGCAGAAGCUGUGCGGGAACGGAGGCGAGACGCUCGGGAAGGGGCUGCCCUUUCUGUUUUUGUCAUCUGCAAGCUGGGCAACGACUCCCAGAAGGCCGUGAAGAUCCUGCAGUCCUUGUCAGACGUGCAGGAGUUAGGGUGCCUGGCGGUUCAGGAUGUUGUAGGGGGUCUCAUGGCCUGGGCUGCCAAGGUUGAUGGCUCGUUCCCCCAGUACUGAGGUGCGGGCCCUGGCACGUGAGUGUUCAGGCGGGUCUGAGGUCCUACAGCUGCCCACUGGGCUUUCUGGCCGCAGCGGAUCGGAUGGUCACGUGGUCAUCGCGCUGUUACUGAGAGCCAUCUGUGU